AAUACGGACUACAGAUGUAGCUUUCUGCCCUAAACAUAAUCCAAAUUAGUAAAUAACUCACAAGAAUAGUUCAUACUGCAUUUAGCAAAUUACAAAAAAAAAAAAAAAAAAUGGCAAUUGACUUGAAAGAUAAGAUGAUUCUCAGCAGCCCAGCUCUUCGGGAGUACAUCUUGGAAACCAGUGCAUACCCUAAUGAGCAUCAACAGUUGAAGGAAAUUAGAGAUGCCACUGUCGACAAAUACAAACACAUGAGCAUAAUGAAUGCAUCUGCGGAUGAAGCACAAUUCCUUUCAUUAUUGUUGAAACUCAUCAACGCUAAAAACACCUUAGAGAUUGGUGUUUUCACUGGCUAUUCACUUCUUACCACUGCACUCGCUCUCCCAGAUGACGGCAAGGUUAUAGCAUUUGAUCCAGAUAGAGAGGCUUAUGAAGUUGGGCUUCCAUACAUUAAAAAGGCCGGAGUUGAGCAUAAAAUCGACUUUGUUCAAGGACCAGCCAUGCCAUUUUUGAAUGACAUGAUUACCAAUGGUAAGGAAGGGAUAUUUGAUUUCGCAUUUGUUGAUGCUGACAAGGAAAACUACAUCAAGUACCACGAGCCAUUGCUGAAAUUGGUUAAGGUAGGAGGAGUGAUAGCCUAUGACAACACUCUUUGGUUCGGUUCCGUUGCGUUUGAUCCAAAUGAUGAGAUAUUUAAGAAUGACCCUGCGAUGAAACUUAUUAAACAAAUUGGAUAUGAGGAAAUCAGGCACUUGAAUGGCUUCCUUGCGAAUGACCCUCGAAUUGAGUCCACCCUUCUUUCAGUUGGUGAUGGUCUUACACUUUGUAGGCGCAAGUAUUGAACAAACUUAAUUGUUGUUGCAUCUACUUUAUUUCUAUUGAAAUAAGUGGUAUGGUUCAUUUUAUGAACAAAAAACGAUUGUACUAGUGAAAUAAUAUGAUUAUGAUUUUGAGAGAAUAAGGAUCAA